GACGCAUCUCCAUCGCGGUUAUGAGCACCUCGUCUCCUCCCACUCCGCCAUCAAGGGCCUUAAUAGAUGACGAACGGAGAUUCAAAACCAUUACAUUACCUUGUGAGUGGGUGGAGGAUUAUCGGCCAGGUGGUUAUUAUCCAGUCGUUCUCGGCGACGUCUUCAACCACCAGUACAAGGUCAUCCGGAAGCUUGGCGAGGGCUCCUACUCAACGGUUUGGCUCGCCCAUGACCUAAAUAACAGUCGAUAUGUCGCCCUGAAGAUACUUAUAUCGGAAAUCUCGGAAUCGACAACUGAGCUACGAAUAUUACGCCAUAUCAUCGAAUACGCACCAGAAGAAGGGUCCCGAUAUAUCACGCGACUGCUGGACGAAUUCGAACACCGCGGACCUAAUGGCCUCCACAAGUGCCUGGUACUUGAGCCUAUAGGCCCGAGUGUCAAUACGAUAGUCGAGGAGCUGCCGCAGUUCAAACCUCGUAGGCGAGGAAUGAAGAUCCGCUAUCCGCUUCAGAUGGCAAAGAGUAUCCUUAAGCAAUCCUUAUAGGCUCUUGCAUUUCUAUAUGAAAAUGGUAUUGCCCAUGGAGACUUCUAGCCGGGAAACAUACUCUUCCCUCUUAUCGAUGUCGACUCGACCCCUGAGGAAUUGCUCCUACAAGAGGAAGAUGUGCAAGCCCGGUCGAUCUCGCCUCCGGUACAGAGGCUGGAUGGUAAACAAGAUAAAUGGGCGCCUUAAUAUCUUUGCGUUGCGUAGCCACUGGUGCCCUUUACUUGCUACGCCGAAGGGUUCAAGGUCAAAUUAUCCGAUAUGGGCGGUGGUUAGUCCCU